AUGGCGACCGCGCAAGGCAAUGAUGACGCGGAGCAUCCCGUCAAGCUCUACGUAUAUGAUCUCUCGAGAGGCAUGGCAAGGAGUAUGUCGAUGUCAUUGACUGGACGUCAGAUCGACGGCAUCUGGCAUACAAGCAUCGUUGCCUAUGACCGCGAGUACUUCUUUGGUCAGGGCAUCUCGAUCACCUAUCCAGGUGCUUCGCACCACGGAGCGCCUAUCGAGACCUUCGACCUUGGCUCCACCUCAAUAGACCGCGAGACGUUUGAAGGUGCUCUGCUUCCGGACUUGCGCGAUCGCUUCCGCCCACAGGACUACAAUCUUCUCUCGUGGAACUGCAACAACUUCACGCAGGAGGUAGCACAGAUCCUCACAGGCGCCGACAUCCCCGCACACAUUCGAUCUCUGCCGCAAGACUUUCUCAGCACACCGUUCGGUCAGAUGCUGCGACCACAGAUCGACUCCAUGUUCAGAGCGCCCGCUGUUGACCUCACAGCUCCUGCUGCGAACGGACUUGGCAAUGAUCUGCUCCACCAAGUCGCAUCUCGGGCUUACACAGGCAACACGCCUAUAGAAAGCAGCACGCCUUCGCAAAAGCCUUCGGCCGACCCCGUCCACCACGUCACCAGCACAACUCAGCUCAACGAGAUCGUGUCCGUGUUUCCAUGCGUGGCAGUGCUCUUCACAUCUGAAACAUGUCCUCCAUGUCGCAUCAUCAAACCAGCUUUCGUAGAUCUGGCGCAUCACCAUCACGUCGACGAGUCCAAACCGGGCAAUCACAAGCGGAUCGCUUUUUUGCAGGUCGACUCCAACGCUUCAACCUCGAGCCUUUUUGCUACUUCUGGCGUGACAGCUACCCCGACCAUCAAGUUCUACACCUUUGGCAAGGAAACGAAUCAGUUGCGAGGGGCUGAUAUCGGCGAGCUCAAGACUGCGGUCGAUGUGAUGCUCUUCGACGCCUAUCCGCCACAUCCUCACGCUCGCCUGUCAAAGCCAUUCAAGGCGCUCAACUCCCUCCCAACCCAGCCGCAUUUGUACUCGGCCCUGCCCAACUUCGCCUCGCUGCUCCAGAAGAUCGACACGAACAUAGCGCAGCAUCCUGCCAAGAGCUUCGCAGAGAAAGCCGAUCUGCAAGUAGCACGCAAGAGCAUUGCAAGUGUCUGGGUACCCUGGCUCGAGGCGACGCGCGAUAGCAAAGCUCAACGGGCUGCCCCAGCGAAUCUGCCCGAGGAGACGUCAAACGUUGCAAAGCAGCUGUCCGACACGCUUGCUAUCAACUCGCUUUUCCCGAUCCUCGACCUCUACCGUCUCUCGGCGCUGCAUGAAAGCUUUGUGAAGGUCGCCUUCAGACAGCCUGCUGCUGAUGAUCGAAAGGACGUCAACGGUAUGACACGUCUUCUGUCGCUCGUCUCUGACCUAGCGUACAAAGGCGAAUGGUUGCCAACACAGCGACCACUUCUUCUCACCGCAGCACGCCUGCUGACGAACUUGGCAGCUUCCUCUGCCUUCACCGAGGUGAUCGAGUCGCACGAGAAUGUUCGCAGUCUUGUUCUCGAGCUCACGACGAGCUUGUUGCUCUGCCCCGACGCAGGCGUCCGAAGCGGCGCUGCGACGUGUGCCUUCAAUCUGGCGCUCCAUCAGCACGCUGAGCGGGUCGAUUGGACGAAUCGAGACCCACAAGCUCCGCCAAUGCUAGGAAGUCGACUUGGCGAGACGUGGGAAUCCGAGCUGGCAUCCGCUUUGUUGCAGGCCAUCGUCAACGAGUCGGAAUCCGACGAGACGCUCUAUCGUCUCCUCGCUGCUCUGGCGCUGCAUGUUCACCUGUCGCAAUUCUGGGACGACAGUGUGGGACCAAUGCUGCAAGUGCUAGAGGCACAAGAUGCUUUGUCAACCGCGCAACGUGGCGCUCUGGUCGCAGACUCGGCGAAGAAACAAGAGCUGUCUCGGCUAAUCGAAGACCUUGUCCUCCUCGUGUCAUCAGACACUGCUUAG